AUGGACGGAGCGGAUAUCAACGAACGUCCUUGGAAGAAACGGCGUUUCUUCGUGGACGACGACGAAGACGCCAAUCAUCCUCCGGUCGAGUCCAUCCCCGCGACAAGCCACGACAGCGCCGUUUCGAAAGCCUCCCCAGUGAACGAAUAUGAAGAACACUGGAGACAAAUAUAUUCACCCCGGCCACAGAAUGUUCCCAGUCAAAGCUCGCAGGCCGAGCCCUCUGUCCCCGCUCCUUCGACAACACCUCGCCAGGAACAGUCACCGAGGCAAACACAGGACCCUGAGACUGUGGAGGAGGUUCUAGAUCAAGGAAAUGCCGAUGGUUUUGACACUGAAGCCUUUACCAGCAUUGUCGGAGAGCAUCUCUCGCCAGACGCUCUGCGAAAGAUUCGGACUGCGUCAGGAGGAGACUUAGAACGUGCGGUGAAUAUCUAUUUCGAUGGCUCCUGGAAAUCAUCUGCCGGUGGCGUGAGCAAUCAGACUACAUUGACUUCUGUGAAUCGGAGGAGCUCUGCACGACCCACGGUCAAUCAAAGAGCAUCCGCUUCAAAUAAUGGAACCCCGCCUACUCCCUCCAACCUACAUGCUCAACCGUCAAAGAGGUAUAUCGGAGCAUUUGGUGUCGGUGGUUGGGCUACAAGAAGCGGGGUUGGCUUGCUUAAACAUGGCGAACAUGUUAACAUUGAGCGCGAGAGGUCCCAGCCGGUUUCGAAGCGCGGUCGUAACGGCAGAGUCAUCGCCAAUCAGAAAGGCGACGUGCUGACGCGGUUCACUAACAAGUCUGGCCAAGAAAUUGGCAGAUUACCCCGAGAGACGGCCGAAUGGGUAUCUACGCUGAUUGACCAGAAGGUCUGCAAGUUCGAGGGUGUCUGUGUAUAUGCUCCGGAUAGAGUGCGGGUGAACGAUACGAUCUAUAUACAACUGCGCUGCUACCUCCGAAUAGAAGCGUUCCAGCCUGGGUCGCUGAAUGGACUUAUGGAUGAUAACAGAUCAACGGACCUCUUUGAGGAGAAGGAGAGUACGGAAGAGAAACGCCUGCGUCUCCGUCAAGUGGCGCUCGUGAAGCUUUUCGAUGAGAUAGGCCUCGAGUCCAACACGACGAACGACAUGACCAAGAAACACAAGAAACAAGGCUUACUGCGUGCAGCAGAAAUCCAAGAGCAGUACGAUAAGACACAGAAGGACAGUAACGCGAACAACGACUCUUCCGAAGAAGAGGACACUCCGGAGCUGGAAGAAGACCAGCUUGACACGCUCUAUAAAAAGGCCCAGUCAUUCGACUUCAAUAUGCCAGAAGCAGAGCCCCCUUCCUCAUUCACCAUGUCACUCAGGAAGUAUCAGAAACAGGCUCUGUACUGGAUGCUUGCAAAAGAGAAAGACAAUAAGUCUCCUCGAGAAAAGUCAAUGCAUCCUCUCUGGGAAGAAUAUACCUGGCCGACCAAAGAUGUUGACGACAACACCCUUCCUGUCUUCUCUGGAAUCGAACAUUUUUACGUGAACCCAUACUCUGGGGAGCUCAGUCUCGACUUCCCGGCCCAAGAACAACACUGUCUGGGCGGCAUUUUGGCCGACGAGAUGGGACUGGGCAAAACGAUCGAAAUGCUCAGUCUUAUGCAUGCGCAUAGAAACGCCCCUCCACGCCUGUCCUCAAGUGGCAUUAGCUCUGUCACAGACCUGCCGCGCCUGUCGACAACCUCUGGGGUGGUGGCUGCUCCGUAUACCACCCUUGUGGUUGCUCCUACAUCUCUUCUCUCACAAUGGGAAAGUGAAGCCAUAAAGGCGUCCAAAGCUGGAACCAUGAACAUCCUUGUUUAUUACGGCAGCGACAAAUCCGUUAACCUGAGAGAGCUCUGCUCGGCGAACAACCCAAAUGCGCCAAGUUUGAUCAUCACAACUUAUGGUGUCGUCCUCUCCGAUUGCCGCCAGCACCUGUCACAGUCCUCAUUCUCGGGCCACACGGUGGGAGGCUUGUUCUCGGUGGAAUUUUUCCGGGUUAUUCUCGACGAAGCCCACCUCAUCAAGAAUCGACGCUCCAAAUCCGCAAGAGCUUGCUAUGAGAUCAAAGCCACCCAUCGAUGGGUGCUUACGGGUACUCCUAUCGUAAAUCGCCUCGAGGAUUUGUUCAGCUUGGUGAGGUUUCUCAAAGUCGAACCAUGGAAUAACUUCUCCUUCUGGAAGACGUUCAUCACCGUACCAUUCGAAUCCAAAGACUACACUGUCCUUGAGCCCCUGGUCCUUCGCCGCACGAAAAUGAUGAAAACCCCAGAGGGGGAGCCACUUGUUCCUCUUCCUCGCAGAACGGUGACAAUUGAAGAAGUUGAGCUUAGUGAUCAGGAACGGGAGAUUUACGAUUACAUCUUUACACGGGCGAAACGCGCAUUCAACGACAAUAUCGAGGCAGGCACUCUUCUCAAAUCCUUUUCGACUAUAUUUGCGCAGAUCCUGCGUCUCCGGCAAACGUGCUGUCAUCCUGUAUUAACGCGAAACAAAGCUAUCGUUGCAGAUGAAGAAGAUGCUGCAGCCGCAGCCGCAGCUGAUGAUACCAACGGAUUGAAGGACGACAUGGACCUGCAGGAACUGAUUGAUCGGUUCACAACGACAACGGAAACGGAGGCAGCGGGAGCAGAAUCCGGCGAAGAGCAAGCCUCUUCCACAUUCACCACAUAUGCUUUGAAGCAGAUCCAGAGCGAGUCUAGCGGAGAAUGCCCGAUCUGCUCUGAAGAACCUAUGAUCAACCCGGCGGUGACUGCGUGUUGGCACAGCGCGUGUAAGAAAUGUCUCGAGGACUACAUCCGUCACCAAACAGACAAGGGCGAAUCCCCCCGAUGCUUCUCGUGCCGCGCAUCAAUCAGCUCACGAGACAUUUUUGAGGUUAUCCGGCACCCUUCGCCUAGCUCCACGCCCGCGGAGAACGAUCUCUACGGCGCCACGCCGCCAUCGAGCACCCAGGCACCCCCACGGAUAUCUCUGCGACGCAUCAAUCCCAUUUCACCCUCCGCACACACUUCUGCCAAAAUCCACUCACUAAUUAACCAUCUUUACCGUGUUCCACCAGGGACUAAAUCCGUCGUGUUCUCACAAUUCACGAGUUUCCUGGAUCUCAUAUCGCCACAGCUCACCAAGGCUGGCAUAACACACGUUCGCUUGGAUGGAAGCAUGUCGCACAAGGCGAGGGCUGAAGUUCUCGCCAAAUUCAACAAAACAGAGACUUUCAACCAGGAGGAAAUCGAGGAUGAAGAAGGCAUAAUGACGCCCCGCAAAAAGGCCUCUACGUCCCAGACUGAACCUUCCCCGCAAGUCCUCCUGAUCAGUCUUCGCGCUGGCGGAGUCGGCCUCAACCUUACCACCGCGAGCAACGUGUUCAUGAUGGACCCCUGGUGGAGCUUCGCGAUUGAAGCCCAGGCAAUCGACCGUGUUCAUCGAAUGGGUCAGCUGCGGGAUAUUCGAUCGAAGGCCGGAUGCUGCGUGUUCAGGAACGGAAAAUGA